UGGGCCCGUCUGGAAUGCGGGAGCAGGCUGCGCACCAGGACUUUUAUGGAAACUUGCUGCUGGCGCGCCGCGGCCAGAGGGCUCAGGGUGGCUGGAGCGGCGUGGGCAGCGCGCAGAGCCGGACGCGCAGGAGCAGCGGGAGCAGCAGGAGCAGCGGUGCGGCGCCCCGGCGGCAGGCGGGUACAAAUAUAUACAAAGCUUCAGCCCCAAACCACAUAGAGCAAACAUGAAUGACGUUUCACAAAAGGCAGAGCUGGGCAAGGGUGAUGUAAAGGAUAAGUUUGAAGCCAUGCAGAAGGCCAGGGAAGAGAGAAAUCAGAGGCGGUCUAGAGACGAAAAGCAAAGAAGAAAAGAACAAUAUAUUAGAGAGAGAGAAUGGAACAGGAGAAAGCAGGAGAUUAAAGAAAUGCUUGCUUCUGAUGAUGAGGAAGAGAUUUCUGCUAAAAUAGAAAAGGCUUAUGUCCCAAAGCUAACAGGGACAGUUAAAGGUAAAUUUGAUGAAAUGGAGAAACACAGACAGGAAGAACAAAGGAAGAGAACAGAAGAGGAAAGAAAACGCAGACUUGAGCAGGACCUGUUGGAAAAGAGGAAAAUACAGCGUGAAUUAGCAAAAAGAGCCGAGCAGAUUGAGGACAUAAACAAUACGGGAACCGAAUCUGCAUCAGAGGAAGGUGAUGACUCACUGCUUAUAACAGUGGUGCCUGCAAAAUCAUACAACAAAUCUGGAAAAAUAAAGAAUCCUGAGAACCUGGAGAAAGAACAAGGGAAUGAGAGGCUUAAUUAUGAAGAAGAUAAAAGAAGAAGAUAUGAAGAAGAGUGCCGAUCUCUCAAGGAAGCAAAGUGUCUUUCAUUAGUCAUGGAUGAUGAAACUGAGGCCAAAAAAGAAUCGCAUUUUCCUGGAAAAUUGAAAUUAACUUUUGAAGAACUGGAGCGACAAAGACAAGAAAAUCGCAAGAAGCAAGCUGAAGAAGAAGCGAGAAGGCGCUUAGAGGAAGAGAGGCGUGCCUUUGAGGAAGCCAGGAGGCACAUGGUAAAUGAGGAGGAUGAAAACCAAGAUGCAGAAAAAGUUUUUAAAGAAUAUCGCCCUGGAAAACUCAAACUGAGUUUUGAAGAAAUAGAAAGGCAAAGGAGAGAAGAUGAAAAAAGAAAAGCAGAGGAGGAGGCCCGAAGGAGAAUUGAGGAAGAGAAGGCAGCAUUUGCUGAAGCAAGGAGAAGCAUGGUAUUAGAUGAUGAUUCUCCAGAGAUAUAUAAAACAGUUUCUCAAGAAUCUUUGAUGCCUGGAAAACUGGAGAUUAAUUUUGAAGAAUUAUUAAAACAAAAAAUGGAAGAAGAAAGACGACGAACGGAGGAGGAACGGAGGCAUAAACUAGAAAUGGAGAAACAGGGAUUUGAGCAACUGAGACAAGAAAUGGGAGAGGAAGAAGAAGAAAAUGAAAGUUUUGGAUUGAGUAGAGAAUACGAAGAAUUAAUCAAAUUAAAAAGAAGUGGUUCUAUUCAAGCUAAAAGUCUAAAAAGCAAGUUUGAAAAAAUUGGACAGUUGUCUGAAAAAGAAAUACAGAAAAAGGUAGAAGAAGAACGAGCAAAGAGGAGAGCAAUUGACCUUGAAAUUAAAGAGCGAGAAGCAGAAAACUUCCAUGAGGAAGAUGAUGUUGAUGUAAAGCCUGCAAAAAAAAGUGAAUCCCCCUUUACUCAUAAAGUGAACAUGAAAGCCAGAUUUGAACAAAUGGCUAAGGCAAGAAAAGAAGAAGAACAACGGAGAAUAGAAGAACAGAAGUUACUACGAAUGCAGUUUGAACAGAAAGAAAUUGAUGCAGCACUACAGAAGAAAAGAGAAGAUGAGGAAGAAGAAGAAGGUAGCAUCAUUAAUGGCUCCACUACUGAAGAUGAAGAGCAAACAAGAUCAGGAGCUCCAUGGUUCAAAAAGCCUCUAAGAAAUACCUCAGUUGUAGACAGUGAACCAGUCAGAUUCACUGUUAAAGUAACAGGAGAACCCAAACCAGAAAUCACAUGGUGGUUUGAAGGAGAAAUGCUGCAGGACGGAGAAGACUACCAGUACAUUGAAAGAGGCGAAACUUACUGCCUCUAUUUACCAGAAACUUUCCCGGAAGAUGGAGGAGAAUAUAUGUGUAAAGCAGUCAACAAUAAAGGCUCUGCAGCAAGUACCUGCAUUCUUACCAUUGAAAUGGAUGACUACUAGGCUUCCUUCUCUUCUUGGAACUCACUCUCUCAACUCUCUUGCUACAUCUCUGUGGAGGGGCCAUGAGGAGACCAGAGGUGCCACUCUGUUGACUUAAUACCCUUCCCCAAAUCUUCAAAAUAGGAGCUCAUCCAAAGGCUGCCUUUUCUAAUGCACAUCAGGUUACCACGUUGUGCCCAGUCAAAAUGUAGUUGACAGGGAAGGGAAAUGUACUUAUUAUGUGAGAACCUAAAACAAAAGCUUUGUAUUUUCCAUAUUUAUAGCAAUUAUGCUUAAAGUAUACAUUGUAUGCAUGAAAGAAUUUAAGAGUUUUUACAUCUAAAAUUAGCCAGAAAGGACAAUGAAAUUGGAACUGAUCAGUCUUCCUCUGUAGCAUGUAAUUGCUGUGGAUUCCAAGUUUUUAUGAAGCAGAUAUACUUACAAAAGGAGUAGCAUUCUUUUCACGAGAAAGGUGGAACAUUGAAAAAAAAACAUUGAAAAAAAAAAACAAAAACAAAAAAACCAAGUGGGAUAUUUUUUAGAAACUAAACUAAAUUUGAUAGAAACCAAAGCUUACAGUGUUCCAAGAUGGCAGUUAUUUAACAUAUGCGUUUCAAAUGUGUAAUGACCACACUUAAGUUUAUGCUGUUACCCGCCUGAACAAAUUAUACUUUAAUGAGAAAAUAUUAGUAUUCCAUGCAAGAACAAAUGUUUUUAACAUCACUGAAGGUUUCAAGACCUAGGAGGAUUAGAUUCAGAAAAAAAAAA